AUGACUGCCCUGAAGGAUUCAACCAAAUAUAUUGGUAAUUCUUUAAAUGUUUUAUCUAGACUAGUUGAAUCUGAUACCGAGAUUUCUACAAUAGAUUUAAAUAUUAUUGAGAAUCUAAAUACAAAUCAGUCUUUAAAUUACAUAAAGCUAGAACAGCAGCUCAACAAAUUAGAAAAUAAUGCUCAUAGCUUAGAAGAUUUAAGUAAGUUUUGA